AUGCAGUCCUUGAUCAUCUUUGCCCUCGCUCUUCUGCCAACAGCCAUCGGCGCACCUACAGAGAAGAGAGUCCUUGGCGAUGUCGAGCUCUUUACCGAGGAGAACUUUGCUGGUCAAUCCGAGACCCUCUUCGUAGGCGACACGUCGGACUGGAUCGCCAAUUGCAAAAAGCUUCCAGAGCCGUACGCCCUCAACCUUGGAUCGUUCAGACCCAGCUCGGGCCUCUUGUGCCGACUUUACAGCUCCGAGUACCCUGACUGCAGUGGCCAUGGCAUGAUCAUCGCCGACGGCUCUGAUGCCAGCGGUGCAACUCUCUUUACUCUCGCAAACCCUGAAAGCCAAACGGGCGGUUUCGUCGGCCAGGACGCCGAGUCCAUCUCUUGCGUCCGUUGCACCAACUGUGUAUAG